GUUAAGUCUGUGACGUCACCCCUCCAGUCACCAAUUAGAAGUGUUCGUCACCUAGUUUUACAUUGAGCUUUGUGAUGAAGGCGGGUCACAGAUUGUUGGAUCACCUUUUCAUGACACUUUUUUCUUGGUAGUUUCUUCCCACCAUGCCUGUGCCCAAGAAGGCGGUGACGAAGGCGCAGAAGAAGGACGGCAAGAAGCGCAAGCGCAGCCGCAAGGAGAGCUACUCGGUGUACGUGUACAAGGUGCUGAAGCAGGUGCACCCCGACACGGGCAUCUCGUCCAAGGCCAUGGGCAUCAUGAACUCGUUCGUGAACGACAUCUUCGAGCGCAUCGCGGGCGAGGCGUCGCGCCUGGCGCACUACAACAAGCGCUCGACCAUCACGUCGCGGGAGAUCCAGACGGCCGUGCGCCUGCUGCUGCCCGGGGAGCUGGCCAAGCACGCCGUGUCCGAGGGCACCAAGGCCGUCACCAAGUACACCAGCUCCAAGUAGACGCCGCGUGCCUGCUGCUGCUUCUGCCCACACACAAAGGCUCUUUUCAGAGCCACUCACUUGAUCAAGAAUGCCGCUUCACGGCGUUUACGGCGUUUGCCUAUAAAGCCAAAGGACCCAGGUUCGAUUCCCCAGAAUCCAGGUUAGCCAGAUGCACAAAGGGGCGCCUGCAGUUUGCAGUGGCAGGAGGCUCUGGCGCCCCCAUUCUCUUACCCUUUCCCCACUUUCUCUUAAAAAAAAAAAGCCUGUUGACUUAGGCGAAGUUUUUAAUGUUAAAAUUCUUUUCAGUAAUGUAGGCCGUCAUUCCCUAAAACUGGGCUUGUGUGUUUGUAAGUUUGGUAGAAGCUUAGCUCAUACCCUAAUGCCAGUCAUUGUGAGUUUAAAGGCUUCCUAGGCUUGCUUGAGACCCCUCAAAAAGUUUUCCCAUUGAUUCUUGUCAUGCUACCCAUUGUGCCCAGGGACUGCCAUACCGCUUACAUACUGAGCUGGUAUUUCAGUAAUUUGGGAUGCUUUUACCUGUGGAAUUAUGGACUGCCCGAGGAAAAUUAAGUGGAAACCUGCCGCCCUCUCGGGUAAAGGGCACAUUCUGAAAUCCCAUUGUGACCUAUUUGUAGGAAGUACAUCACAGUAGAUCCUGGGGUUCUUUUAAUUUUCCUCUCAUGUGCCCCGGUAGUAGUGGUUAGGA